AUGGAGACUCCACGCAGACAGCUGACCGCUGCAGAUGGAGUGAGUCCAGCCUCGUUGUCGCUGCGGAAUCGAAAGCGGGACUUUGAGUCAACCCACCUGCAUGGUGGCCGUGAGUCGAGUAAGUCUCGACGAACGACUCCAGUUCCAUUUGGUGGCCGGCCAAGAGCUGUUGCUCCCUCACUAUCAGACGAAGAAGUCGAGAUCAUUGACCUGACUGGAGCUGAUGUGGAAGCCGAUGCGACGUUCAUUGCAGAGCAGAUCCGACAAGUACAGAGGCACGAGCAAGAAAAAGCAGAUAGAGAGAUGGCAAUCCUUCUGUCAAGUCAAGACUCGCAAUCUUCGUCCCAUCGGGCUUCUGGGCCGCCUAGAAGCUCUGAUCCCCAGCAGCGUUCAGCUUUUGACCGAAUAAUGGCCACACAGCGCUCGAAUGCGCCUGGAGCUCCCUUAGACGUCUUCUCUGGCGAUGCUUCAAGACCUCCAAAUCCUCGAGUCGAGUCCAAUGGAUCCCAGUCAGCACCAUGGAACUCGACUGGGGCCGAAUCUUCACCAGCCUCGAGUCUUGAUGACCCGUUUAACUUUAUAUCAAGCUUUGUAGACCCACAGCAACUACAAGUUGAAUAUCCCAUCGGCACUCCUAAUGCAAAUUUUAUGCCCGGAUCAUUUACACCUAUGAGUCAACCUUUUACUCAACCUUUUGCAGGCCCACCUUCUCAUAGGAAUGGGCAAAUGCCAGGAACGUUUCCUGGCAUGGCCGGAGCACCGACUCUUGGAAGCAAUGCUAACCGGACGCCAUUAUCAGAUAUUAUUAAUAGAACAAGCAUGUUUGAUUUUGUCAACGGGUUGGAUGAGAAUGGAAAUCCGCUUCCAGGCCGCAUCAUGGAUUACAUCAACGAAUCGUUGUAUGAUCCUAAAGUCACGGAUCAGGAGUUGGAUGACUUGUUGAAGAACAUCCGCCCGGACAUGGAGAUCCCAGAAGCCAAUCGUGUUGGAACGCCAGAGGGCCUUAAGAAUUCCCUCUACCCUCACCAAAUACUCGCGCUGACAUGGAUGAAGAAGAUGGAGGAGGGAACCAAUAAGGGCGGCAUUCUGGCUGACGACAUGGGCCUUGGCAAGACCAUAUCAACGUUGGCCCUUAUGCUUUCCCGCCCGGCAGAUUCGCGCCCCAAGACUAACUUGGUUAUUGGUCCACUGGCCUUGAUUCGACAAUGGGAAGAAGAAAUAUACAAAAAGACGAGACCAUCACAUCGACUGUCCGUGUUUGUAUAUCACAACAAAAAGGCGACGACCGAUGAAAUUCUCAAAUACGACGUUGUAUUGACAACGUAUGGCACAAUAGCUCAAGAGUUGAAGCGGCUUGACAAAUACAUAGAAGAUAACUCGGGCCGUAACAUCGAUUUUAACGAUCGAGCUAUUGCAACCAAGUUUCCCCUCUUAAAUCCGAGCAAGUCCUCUUUCUACCGAGUUAUUCUCGACGAAGCGCAGUGCAUUAAAAACCAGCAUACCAAGACUGCCAAGGCUUGCCAUAAGCUAAGAGCGACGCAUCGAUGGUGCCUCACUGGAACUCCUAUGAUGAACGGGGUCGGCGAGCUCUUUUCCUUAUUGUGCUUCCUUCGCAUAAAGCCGUACUGCGUGUGGGAUCAAUUUCGCCAGGUAAAUCCUUUUUCUAACUACUGGCAGAGUUUUGGCGUGCUCUUUGGGAAAAAUGGUGAUCCCAAAAGUGUUGCCAUGAGCAGGCUUCGUGCUCUCCUCAAAGCCAUUAUGCUUCGUCGUAAAAAGGACUCCAAGUUGGAUGGAAAGCCUAUUCUCCGGCUGCCGCAUAAGCACGAAGAAGUCUUGUAUGCCGAAUUAUCCAAAGAUGAGCGCGAUUUCUACAAUCAACUGGAAAAGAAAUCGCAGGUACAAUUCAGCAAAUAUCUACGCGAUGGCAGCGUGGGCAAGAACUAUUCGAGCAUCCUCGUUCUGUUGCUUCGACUACGACAAGCAUGCUGCCAUCCCCAUCUCAACCUUGACGUGGAUGACACUGCACCAAUCUCUAGUGAAGAUAUGCUUCAGCUAGUCAAGAAUCUGGACGCCAAUAUUGUGGCAAGGAUCAAAGAGGCUGAUGCGUUUGAGUGUCCCAUUUGCUAUGAUGCUGUCCAGUCUCCCAUGUUUUACAUCCCUUGUGGACAUGAUUCUUGUCAACAGUGUCUGACUCAGCUGGCCGACAGCGCAGCUGCGACGAAUCUCCAAGAGGGCAAUGAAAGUGACAAGGCUAAGUGCCCUGUUUGCCGUGGACUUUUUGAUCCUAGAAAGUGUUUCACCUAUGAUGCAUUUCAAAAAGUGCACAUGCCCGAAUGUGUCGAGCCGUCAGCUGCUGAAGAAGAAGAGACUGACAGUUCAGACGAUGACGAGGAUGACUCUGAUGACGGGCUUGAUGACGAGUUGGAUCGUUAUGGCGAUCUGAAAGGCUUCAUCGUACACGAUGAACCCGAAGAGGAUAUUGAGUCGGAAUUUAAAGAGGAAAAGAAGAAGAAGAAGGGAAAGGGCAAGAAAAAGCAAGCCGAAGUCAAGCCCUCUAUGCUAAAGACUCUUCGCCACGAAGCAUCCAAAAACAAACAAGCGUUCAAGAGGUACAUGAGCUACUUGCGGAAGACUUGGCUGCCUGCUGCCAAAGUAUCGGAGUGUAUGGAUCUUUUACGACAAAUUCACGAAACUGGAGAAAAGACGAUUGUGUUUUCUCAGUGGACCCUUUUGCUGGAUUUACUGGAGGUGGCUAUGUGGCACGACAAUUAUCCAGGCAAACUGAGACGAUACGAUGGAAGCAUGAGCUCAGAGCAGCGAUUUGAUGCAGCAAAGGACUUUCGCGAUAAGAACGACGUCAAGGUAAUGCUGGUAUCUCUUCGCGCGGGAAAUGCUGGACUCAAUCUCACUGCCGCUUCUCGCGUUGUUAUCAUGGACCCCUUUUGGAAUCCAUACAUUGAGAUGCAGGCUGUUGAUCGCGCUUACCGCAUUGGCCAAAAGAAGGAGGUGAAGGUAUACCGCAUUCUAACACGUGAGACUGUCGAAGAUCGAAUCGUCGAGCUCCAGAAUCGGAAGAAGGAGAUGGUGGAGGCGGCCUUGGAUGAGGCUGAGAGCAUGAAGAUUGGACGUCUCAAUGUGAACGAACUAAAAUUUCUUUUCAACAGCCGCUAG